ACUGUCGUAUCGUUGUAGAUCGCUUCUGGCCGAUGGUAAGUCUGCACGCGACACGUCCACGUGACAAGACGCGGACGAUACGUUUUACUUUUAACUUACACCCACGCGUGCGUUUAUAUUAUCGGUCGAGUACUCGCAAGAGCCGUAUGACAUGUGUGCGAUUACAGUGAUCGCGGUCCGAGCGCAUCGAAAUGUUAUAUAAAAACGAAUUUAUGUGUAAGUUACAUUAUAAAUAAUAUUGAGAAUUAAAUCGUCGUUUUCAUUGUGAUCGCCUCUAAAAUCAUACGUUAUAAUAUUAUACUGCGGCAACUGAUCUGAUAUACUUGCAUCCAUUUCACGUCUACUUCCGGUACAUAGGUACGUAUUUUCCGGGCCUAGAGAUGCGUACGCUUGGCGCCUACGUCGUAUCGUUGUUCCACGUGUUCACAGUCACCAAUACUGGCUCUUUUCUCAACCUGCAGGGCAUUAACGAUUGUUUCGAGAGGGUGGCUAUUGGAAAACGUUUGAAUAGUUCAGAUGUGACAAAAACAAUAUCCACUACAAAUAUAAAACAAUGCAGUAACGAAUGUGAACGAAUUUUGUGCAACGCAUAUAGUUAUGGAUUAAACGGAAAUGGCAAUGGUACUUGUCUACUUAGUUUAGAUUUACCAAAAUCAGGACCGUACGAUGAUCCUGAGUACGAUCUUUUUAUGAAAAUAUUGCAAUGUAGGGAUAGAACAACAUGUUUCAUUAAGCUCGUGGGAGGCCGUCGACUGACCGAUAAAUACAUUCAAAGAACUCUACCAGCUGAUUCAAGGGGAGAUUGUGAGCUGUAUUGUGAAUACGAAAAAGAAUUUCGUUGCGAAGGAUUUAACUUCAGAUACGACAUGCACUUGGAUUCUUAUAGCAGUUGUCAACUAUCAUCCGUGCCGUCCGACAAGUUAGACUUGUCCUCGGACUUUCAGUCGGACCUGGAAUACGAUUUUUUCGAAAAAAACGUAAAUGCUUCACCCAUCUGUCGGUACACGGAGCUGCCCAAUCCGUAUGGGCAAAGGCGUACAUGGGGUGGACCCGAACAGGACCUAUGGCAAGAUAUCAGUUCACAAUGGCCACAGGGCAACGAAGUGGCGUAUGGUGGCGACAAAGUGUUCUAUGAUCCGUUGAAACCUGGCGUACAGGAAUUUUUCAAUGGUAAAGGUGGUGGGGGCGGCGGGGGCGGUGUGUCUUUAAUUAGACCCCCCGACCUAUACAACAACGAUGUCCGAUUCCUGUUCAAUAACAUACAACCAACGUUGACACCAACGAUAUUGAAUCGAAUUCCCACAUCGAUUAACGAAUGUUUUAUAAAAGCCAGAACGGGACACCAUUUACAGCAAGGAAAUAUUAUAAAAUCAAUUAACGCUCCGUCUCUUUACGGUUGUGAGAACAUGUGUGCUAACGAACAGACAUUCACUUGCAACAUAUUCAGUUACAGAUAUAGUUUUACAUCCUCUAUGGACAAUUGUCAUUUGGGUGAUAAAAUGCUUAGGCAAUUGGAUAUUUUUCAAGAUUUAGUUCCAGAUAGGGAUUGCGAUGUAUUUGCACGAAACGAACUCAGUCAGCCCGGAUGCCAACCCGCAAAAAACUGGGACACUGAUUGUUUUGAACGAAUUCGUAACGGUUUAACGUUGGAAGUGUCCAUAGUGAAAUUCUCAGUGCAGACGGAGAACUUGCACGAGUGCGAGCUCAUUUGCCUCCACGUAAAACACUUCACAUGCCGGGUAUUCAGUUUCCGCCGAGAGUCGCCCGUCACUGAUAAACGGUCAGACAACUGUUACUUGACCGAUUACCCAGUACCCGAAAUAGACCCGGUUAAACACUUCGUCGAAGAUUCUAAUUGCGAUGUCUACAACCGGGGUAGUUACGGUCGCGGGUGUGAAUUAGACAAGGUUUUGCCACAUUCCGGGUGGCCUUUGGUUCCGGGACAAGACCUGACGCCCACAGUGCUCACCACGUAUAGGCCACAGUAUGGAGUGCCUCCUCCGUUGACUCCGUCAUUAUAUGGUCCAAAGUACGGUCCACCAUCACCUCCACUACAAUUCUUUCCCAAUGUACCAUCUGAGUCACCGUCACCAAUACCAUCGCCAUCGCCAUCACCAUCACCGCCGUACUAUCCUGUUAAUCCUCAUUCUUCACCUUCACCACCACCACAGUACAUCCCUCCACCUACCACUCUAUCACCACCCGGGUAUUAUCCAGUCACGCCGACUGUCUUCCAUACAACCACAAGACCCAUGGGUACUUACGUGCCAUCCAUGCCACCAACCACGUUCUUCCAAAUGCCGGGAGAAUAUACCCCUGUGUCUGCUAGGCCGACAAAUAAGGAACCCGGAGUCCCAGGAGGUGUAUAUAACGACUUCUUUAAUCUGAAUGGACAGAAUCCCACCCAAGUACCAACUGUUUACGGGACGGCAAAAAAACUGUGUUACAUUAAUUUCGGAAGUACUGCCAGACUGUUACCACCAGCCAUCAAAAAAUCUAUGACUGUCGAGUCAGAAUACCAAUGUAAGAUGGAGUGCAACAAGGCCAGGGAAAACCAAUACUUUCGGUGUUCUACACUCAGCUACUUCGGAGGUCAUUGCGAGUUAAGUGACAUCGAAAUGAGAGAUUUGAAACCAAAUCAACAUUUUAGUCUAGAUCAACAAUAUUUGUUGUACACAUGGGAUUUCAACGAAGUCCAUUGUUUCAGUACACCAGCUGUAGCUAAAUUCCCAAAGACCAAUGGCUUACCGGGUGGAGUAGAAUGGACGUGGAUGAGAUUCACCGUUAACGGACAUCCGUGUAAAUCUGGUUCGUACUGCACCGAAAAUGUCAACAUGGGAAUAUGGUCUUGUCCGGUUGAUCAAGGCGAUUGGGAUUACUGUUGUCGGCCCGAUCAUAAAUGUGGUUAUUCCGAGGGGGUCAGUUAUUCGUGGUGUCACGUAGGGAAAUCCACGGAUCAAUGGCGACCGUGUAGCGACAAGUAUUUUCCUUCUAUAGACGGGCCUCCACAAAAUUGGCCUAUGAUUUACAUCCAUCACACUGGUCCACCGAUCGGCCAGAUCCCUUCUAGCCCCCCACCUCAACGCGGUGACAACAACAACAUCAACAAUUACAACGGACAAAACAACAGUACGAAAAUUGAAGAAAACCACGAACAGUCACUGGUAGAUAAAUUUCUGUCGAUAUUCAAGUCCUCCUCGACGGAUAUCAGCGUCAACGUAGUAGCAUCACCCGAACCUAUCGCCGAGGCCGACACCUCCACAUCGAAAAUUGCCAAAAACGAUCUUGACUUGCUGCCCGGUUUCCAGGUGGUAGACGUCACUGGUAAGCCACAGUCGACUAAUGAACUGUACUCGUAUCACGGAACUAACUAUAACAUCAAUCGUCUUCGGAAUAGAUUUGUUCCGAAAAGACCUUCUGUAAACGUUUAAUGCCUGCAUGACAAUGGUAAAUGUAUGAUGAUCACCGGCGGACACUUAAGUCUUACACAACCGUCAUAAAGUCACGUCGAAUUGUACAUAAUUUAUAAUUAGUAUUAAACUGUCCAAUAAAAUACUUGCUGAAAAACGGAAAAGCCAUAUGGGUAGCCUUCACGCUCAAGCAUUCUGCUGCAUUAUGUUGUACGAAGAUUAAAACGUAUUAUUUCAUUUUGUACACUACAAUCUCACGUUUUCAUUACUUCAUCUUUAUGUAACGCAUUUUUCGACUUACAGCCCGUAAGUGUAAUAAACUUCGGGUAUGCUUAAUGAUUUAUAGAGCUUGAAAUAUAAAUCCCAAGUAACAAUCAUGACAGAUUGAUUUUUUUUUAAUAUAGUGUUUAUUUAUAAUUGUUUUCUUUUG